UUUGCUCUGGUUGUUCGUGGUAAAGGUCAACCAGCGGGCGAAAGGAGCACUAGCGUGUGUCAGUCGUUUAUUGCCCCUUCGAUUUCGUCCAAGACAUUCGAGACAAUUCUUGGAGCAUCGACAACAUCUGAGAGUACGCCGUCACAUUCUGACAGCGUUUCGAAGGCAGAGUUGACUCGCCAGUCUAGUAAAGUUGCCACGCCAGAGGCACCCGAAAAUAGUAACGAGGGGUAUAGUUCUGUGGAAACAGAUGUUCGUGAGACGGAGGCUGGUGGGUCCUUGGAUGCCCACGCUCAUGAACACGAAACUCAAUCUUUGGCUCUGCCGAAGGCGUCUGCAGAAGCUGACAUUACUGGAGAGGAGUUUUCGAGACACAGUAAUGCAGAGAAGAAGGCAGGUGGUAACGAAGAGGCUAAUCAAUUUCGAACGGAUGGUAUUGUUCACAAUGGGGAGUUGCCAAAGUCGAAGUCACUAGAUGAAUCUUGUGACCAACAGACGAUUGCGCCAGGGCGCAUUGAAGUAGAAAGGACUGAUGUAGAAAGGAGUGAGGAUCAUGGCAAUGCUAUCCACGGAGUACACGCAAUUGUCAAUGGUGUGCUGGUAUCCUCAAAGUAUCUGUCAAGUUCAGACUUGGUCCCCCCUUCGUCGUCUGAAAUUUCACACCCGACCAAUGGAACGCAUGCAGAAAGUGGUUCGUUGCGAUCUAAGGAUGUCAUCGAAAGUCAACCUUCCCGUCUCGAUACAUCUUCUCAGGGGGGUGAUAAAAUCGAAAAGGAAUUAAAAAUGAUGGAAGCUGCACUUCUAGGUGCAGCGAAACAGGCGCAGUCAAAAGCGGACGAGAUUUCUAGGCUUAUGUUGGAGAAUGAACAACUGAAAGCUUCGCUGGAGGAGCUCAAGGUAACUGCUAAGUUAGGAUCUGCUGAGGUAUGAACUAGCAUUGUACGUGGGUCGGAUGCCUCUCAGUUU